AUGCUAGGCGUGGAUUGCGUGGUGUUUGCGCUGUUCUUUUGGUGUGCGCUGGGCCCUCCGGUGCUUUCCUUCGCCUCCAGCGCCUUUUGGGCACUGCCGCAUCUGCCGCUCCACGUGCUGAGAAAAAUGCUGGCGCCGCUGGGCCGGCCGGAGGCGGAGCAGCUGGCACGCGCGGUGCCCCCCUGGCUGCCCUUCCUCACCUUUGCCAAUCUCAUGGCCACUUGUGGCGAGGAGGGCUAUGCCUGGCGGGAUCCAGAGGCCCGGCCCUUGCUGGAGACCUUCUGCCAGCGGCAUUUGCAGGGGAGGGAGCUCAGCUUCAUCGACGGAGAGUGGCUGCCAGAAAUCCUCCGGGGCCUUUGUGACCGUGUGGCAAAGAUCUUCUUGGAGGAGUCCUUCAUGGACGGCCUCCUCGCCAGCUUGCUGUGGGCCUUCUCGGCCAAAGCCAUGCCCCAGGAGUGCCAGAAGGUGGUAUGGGGCGCUGAGGACCCCGCUCUGCUGCGGCUCUUGGACCGUGCGCUGCCCAGCUCCCAGCCGCUCUUCUGGCGCCUGGAGGACUACGCAGCGCCGGAGGACCCCUUGGUGCUGGCAGAGUCGGCAGAGUUGGGUGGGGUCAUUUGCGGCAUGGCUUUUCCACCUGGCAUCGGAGAUCCUGAUUGGAAGGAGCCCUGA